CAGAUGGGCUGGCUGGUAGCAAUGAUACGACCCAACCAUCUUUCGGGUUAGCUUUAUUGCUAGCUUGCUAAUCUACCUGCAAAAGCACGGGCUAGUCUCCGUAUGAAUCAAUGCGACAAAGGUAGCCAAGUAGCUACCUUCGCCGUCCUUUGUCAGACUGUUGUAGUAACGUUACAUGGCUUAAAAAGAAAGUUGCGUCGAAAGCAGACGUUAGAUAACAUUAGCUGAUGCUGGUUAAGAUUAAGAACCAUUAACGAGUGGUUUGGUUUGGCCGGUGUUUCUUCUUUGGGCUGGCCGUCGUCCCUCAGAGCGCCCCCAGGGACCCGCGCGCCCCGGCCUCCCCGUGAAGGCGGGACCCCCGCGAGCGGCGUCCGCGCGGCCCGGAGGGGACGAUAAGAAUGGGACGCGCCUCCCGGGACGGAACCCGCACCCCGCCGCCCCGUCGCCCGGAGUCCGCGCCCUCCCAGGGUCCGAGGCCCGCAUAGCCGAGCGCACCGAGCGCGCCCAGGUUGUGGCCUCCCUGAGGGAGACUGCAGAGAAAGAGGUGGCCGAGAGGAGACUGACUGUUCUGUGCUGAGGAGAGCCAGACUCACAGGUGGGAAUGUCUGAAGAAGCGGAGCUGAGGGAGUGCGACGAGGCCUUCGAGUCAGAAGAGGGCGACAUUGAGCCGUACCUGGAGGACGCAGAGAGCAGCAGGGAGCUCCUGGAGAGGCUGCGGGAGCUGGAGGCGGAGAACUCGGCCCUGGCCCUGGCGAACGAGAGCCAGAGAGAGGCGUACGAGAGGUGUCUCGAUGAGGUGGCCAACCAUGUGGUACAAGCCCUUCUGAACCAAAAGGACCUGAGGGAGGAGUGCAUUAAGCUGAAGAUGCGGGUGUUUGACCUGGAGAGGCAGAACAGGACCCUGACUGAGCUCUUCCACCAGAAGCUGCACUGCCAGCCCAGCUCCCUGCAGCAGAUGCCACUGGUUCCCUUCCCAGAGCACAGUGCUGAGCCGCUGCUCAUUGGCCAGGACAAGCCAGCAGCAGUACAGAGCGAUGGGCAGGCCAAGAGUGGUGGGGAUCGCACUCGAAAUGGCACGACAGGCGCCCCAGCUCCUCCGUCCUCUAUGGAGGCCCUGUCCCCCUUCUUCAAGAAGAAAGCGCACAUCCUGGAGGUUCUCCGUAAACUGGAGGAGUCCGACCCCCUGAAGUUCCAUCCGUCCACGGGCCUCCCCUCGUACCCCGACCUGGGGCAAGUUCUGGUCCCGGAGGAGGCGCCCCUGGCCCGCGGCGGCUCCGCCCCCCCGCAGCCGCGCUGCCGCCACUCCUGCUCGGACUCGGACCUGCAGGAGUACGCCAACGGCGAGGGGGCGUCGCUGCGCGAGGAGCGCGACGGCCGCCCGCCCCCCCUGCCGCUGACGCGGAAGAGCCUGGAGAGCGUGCUGCAGUGCGGCCGGGAGCCCGCCGCGCCCCGCCCCGCCCGCCGCGGCGCGGACCCCGCCGCCGGGGGCGCCCCGAGCCCGUCCCGCGCGCGCACCGUGCCAGAGGAGCGCCGCGGCGCCUCCCCGGGGCGCAAAGACUCCAAACCCGCCCGGGCGCACGCCCACCAGAGCAGCCCGCCCAGUGCAGGGCUCGGAGAUUCCCCACCGCCGGAGGACCCGCUGAGCUUGAGCCCCCCGGAAGGCCAGCUGUCCGGUGUGACCGACCUUCCUCUGAGCACAAAGCACACGGAUGGCGUGGCCUACCAGGGCCUGAGCUCUGCCGGGCAGGUCGCGGGGACGGAGGACCGCUACCUGGAAGUGGCUGCCGACGCGGCGGACGUGGAAGGCGGCUCGUCCAGCGCUACCUCGAACGCUCCUGCUCACGGGGUGACGGCCGGCCCCCGGGCCGCGUACCGCGAGCGCGACGGCGAGGACCAGGUCUGCAACGGCCUGUGCCUCCCCUCCGGCGAGGCGCCGCUUCCCCCGAAGGCGGUCGAGAGGAGCGCCGCGGAGACGGAGGCUCCUCCCGCCGGCAGGUCCAAACUCAGCCCGACGUCCCCGCCGUGCGUCGACGAGGCGAAGGGCUCGCCCGUCUCCUCCCCGUCCCGGCUGCUCAAGUUCCUGAAGAUACCGUCCAUCGGGGAGCGGGCGCAGGCCGCCAACCCGCUGCGCCUCAGCCCCCAGCUGACCCGCAGCUCCAAGAUCCCCUGCCGCAACAACAACUACGAGGUGUACCACUCCCCCGUCCUGGCCCGCAAGGCCACCACCGCCGAGCGGGACAGGCAGCCGCCGUCCCCCAAGGCCGACCCCUACCCCGCGACGCACUCCGCCCCCACCUCCCCGCCCAAGCCCGAGGACGCCGGCUCGCCCGUCGCCCGGGAGGUGUCCUACAGCAGCCACUCGGCGCCCAAAUCCAGCCGGGGCGCCAAGCUCGCGCCCUCGUCCCAGCCCCAGAGGGGCCUGCAGAAGGUGCCGCACUACGAGAACGUCUCCGACCUCUCCUGCCCGGCGGAGGGGGGGGCGCCCCAGUUCCUCGAUCGGCUGAAGGGGCCCCACUUUCUGCCCUACCCUCAGGGUGAGGACCCCGCGGACGGGCACGCUAGCACGUCGGAGGAGAAGAGCCUCGACGGUCUGUCGCCUCCCGCGGCUAAUCCGCCUUGCGAGCAGGACCAAGAGAGCGCCAUCUGGUACAAGAUCCAUAACCACCAUAGCCUGCCCUCCUCCUCAGGCUUCCUCAAAGCCCAGAGUAGCCCCAAUUACUCCAGCAUGAGGGACAAACAGCAUGACCGGGGUGCCCCUGACACUGCCCAGCCGGGCUCCGAACCUGUCCAAUCUCAGUCCGUCGCCAAGAGGAGCGACCCGCCCUCCAUUCCCAAAAAGCCAACCGCGGGCAAGUCCCCGAGCGAGUCCGGCCACCAUCCAUUCAAAGAGCGCCUGGCAGCUCUUGGCAAGCUCAAGAGCUCCGAGGAUUUGCCAGUUGGCCCCCUGCCUGUGGAUAGGAAGGACUUGCAGUGCGGGGGUAAAGUCACAUCUGGCAGCGGUGAGAAGAGCAAGACCGCGGAAAGGCAGGCUGACCGCGGCGAACACCGACACUCCAAGUACACGGACUCCCUGGAUGGCAAGCCGUACCCCAAAGCCAGCCUCGCUAGCUACGCGGUAAAGUUUCCCGGUCCCUGCGCGCCUUACGAACCUGGAGCCAGAUCCUCCGCCGGUGGCUCCUCCGUCCCUAAGGCGGAGCAGGAGACCUUUCCGCCGAGAGCGUUUGUAGCGAAGGCGGAGGGCGCGAAGUACAGGGCGGGCCUGCCGUCCGCCGCCCCCGACCCCCCUCAGGUACUGCGCAAUUACAUGAAAUGCGCCGCCGCCCAGAACCCCCCUCCCGGCAGCAAGGCGGGCCCCAGCCCCCAGAGCAGCCCCACGAAGGUUCCGUCCAAGUCCCCCUCCAAGCCCGGCCCGGCUCCCUCCGGCGCCCGCGGGCCCAGACCUGUCCAGGACGACCGCGCCGCCGCCGCGCCGAGGCCCUCGCCCCGGACCGAGGACAAGGGCAAGCUGACCGCCGGCAAGAAGAAGGGCUACGGCGAGAGCCUCCCGCCGCCGCCGCCGCGGCCCCCCGAGGCCGGCGAGGAGAGGAAGGCCUGCGCGCCCUGCCCUCAGUCCGCCAUCGAGCAGAAGGUGAUGAAGGGCAUCGAGGAGAACGUGCUGAAGCUGCAGGAGCAGGACCGCGGCCAGGCGGCCGAGGUCAAGCAGAAGGCCUCCAACGGCAUCGCCAGCUGGUUCGGCCUGCGCAAGAGCAAGCUGCCCGCCCUCAGCCGCAAGCCGGAGAUGUCCAAGCUCAAGCUGAACGUGUCCUCCGCCGCCAAGGACCCCAAGGCCGCCACCAAGAAGAAGCUGGAGGUGGAGAGCCUCAACAUCUCCAAGCUGAUGGAGAAGGCGGAGGACCUGCGCAAGGCCCUGGAGGAGGAGCGGGCCUACGUCAACGGCGUGGCCCUGGACCGGCCCGGCAGGGGCCACAGCUGCGAGGUGGUGAUGGACCAGGCCCAGGGCCAGCUGUCCGUCAUGUACAGGGGCGUGGCCUCCGACAACUUCAUGCAGCAGCUGCUGAACCGGGUGGACGAGAGGGACCCCGGCAGCUUCGGCCUGGCGCACCGGCGCCUCUCCUUCGACUCCAAGAAGUCCCGGCCCGUCAUCGGCUACCAGAGGAACGGCAUCAGCCACGCCCGGAGCCGGGAAGAGAUGGGAAAGGGUUCGGACCUGGUCAGCAAAGAGGACAUUGCUUCAGAGGAGAGCUUGGCCGAGUCCAUGGGCUCACAGCACUUUGCGGGUUCAGGUGCCUCCAUGCGCACCCUUGACAGCGGCAUCGGCACCUUCCCUCUGCCGGACUACGUAGGCGGUGCGGCGGGGAAAAGCAUCCCCAAGGCGAGGCCACAGGGGGAGCAGGAAUCUGCCUCCCACGGGAAACCGGGGCUCGUGACGAAGGUUCCGCGCAAGGCCCGGACGCUGGAGCGGGAGCUGUCGUCCCUGGAGGAGGUGAACCCCUCCGCCCUGUACGGUGCCUCCCUGGAGGGCAGGGGGCCCAGCAUCCUGCUGUCCAGCACCAUCCACGAAGAUGUGGACGCCUAUGGGGCACACAUGCGGUCUCCGCCCUCCAAGAACUGGACCUUCCCCAACCUGAAGGCGUCCACAGGUCCUGCUGACAUGUACCUGGGGGUCAAAGGGGAGGUGGAGCCUGCAGCCCAGGGAAGUCCUUUCAGGCAGGGUCUGAAGCCGUGCGUUCCUGUGCCCCCCCGCGAUGUGGAAGCCCCCGGCCUGGCACUGCCGCCCCAGAUGGGGCUCAGCCGGCGGGGCAAAGGCCGGACCCCCAGCGCUUCGGAGGUGGGCAAGGAGGGCGGCCUGGAGCUGGUGAAGGAGCGGCCGGACGACAUCCUGUCCCCCAGCCGGCCCCAGGCCCUGGAGACGCCCGAGUCCCUCAGCGACUCCCUGUACGACAGCCUGUCCUCCUGCGGGAGCCAGGGGUGACCGACGCCCCGCCCCACUUCCCGCCCCGCCCACCCCUCCCCUCCUCCCUGCCCUCCCCACGCCGCCACCGUCAAUCUGACGCCAGACCUCACCUCGGACUCCAUCGUACCGCACACACACGCCCCCUCGUCAGAUCCCUGCAGGUGUGCCCCAAGCCCCCAGGGAAGGAUCUGUGAAGGGGGGGGGGGGGGCAGGCCACACCUUGAUCCUCUCGAGUGGGCCCAAUCAGCGGUGGGGCGGGGGGACAGGGGGGUUAACGACAGAAGACAUGCAGGUUUUCACGUGCGACCGCCAAGGACAUGAGUCACGUUGGCGGACAGAAGAUAUGCGUGGACAUGCCCCCCCCGCCCGCCCCCAUUCUCGCUGUGGCCCCUGUGGAUAACAAGCUGCCGCUUUGCUGCAGGCGGACAUGCACUUCCCCCUCCCCCCCCCCGACUCCUGUGUGCUGGACAGGCGUUGCUUACGCACCCUGACAAGGCCGCUCCUCUCGGCCACUCUGACGCGCGCGAGACUUGUGUGGAGUCCCCUUCUUGAGAGCGGGAGAGUUUGUUUCCGUUACUUUUGUCUUCGCUGACACACAGUGCAGUUCAGAGGCAGUAUUUUCAAUGUCUUACCCAGGAGCCGCUGGGCCGUCUGUAGCCGCCGUUAUCGCUGACCCGCCGCACUGUUGCACUGGAGGCCUUUCACUGCAGACUGACUCAGGCCAGCAGUGCAACUGCCUGCCCCAGGUAGGAGAACAGCUUUGCCCAAAGCACGGUCCGUGCAAACUGGGGGCAAGAAGUAUUCAUUCCGUGUGAAAUAGCACAGCCAGAAAGUGUCGCUAACGUGCUCGUGCCUAGCUAGGCUGCACAGUCACGUUCGCAUAUCGCCAGCGGAUCGCGCUAGCGUACAACGGUUUUAGCACGAUUCCGCGUAUUACCUAGCCCCUUUCCCCCCUAAAUCCUUUUGCUGUUGUUUCUCUAAAAACGGAAUGACGAAAAGCACAAGCAUCAGGAUGUACUUUGUCCGUUAUAAGCUAGCACACGAAUGCACAAAUUUGGCGAGCGGCUUUGCUCACGUAUUGAAGACGAGCGGCGCUCCGGCUAGCCGCUAACGUAGGCUGCCCCGGAAACGCUGGAUUCCGCGGUCUGCAGUGUUUUGAGCGACCGGUGGGGCUCCCGUCCCGCUCGAGGCCGCCAUUUUACGUCUGAACUUCAGACGGAGGAAGUUCAGGCCGCCAUUUUGGAUCGCGUUAGAGCAGCACAAAGACAGGCUGGGUGGGUCAGCAGAACCAGGCUUAUGAACGCGGAAGGCCGGUGCCAUGCAGAUGUGCUCUACGUUUGGUUUAAUUUAUUUUAUUUUUUAUCGGUAGAUAGCGUGAAAAUAUUGCAAAAUAGGCUUCCAUUUAUUUGAUAUUUUUUAAUUGUUUUGAAAUGUGAAUGUCACUGUUUUCCACUCAUUUUGCUUUGUUCAUUUUAUAAUUAUUAUUUUUUAACUUAAAAGAAAAAAAAAUGUUUUUUGGUGCAUAGAAGCUGUGGCCGUGGUUCCACCAAAUAAAGGUGUUACUGUCUGCA